CUCCUCCUCCUCCUCCUCUCGCUCCCCUCAUACAGUCCCGGUCCCGGACCUGAACGCACCGCAUCCCUGUUCCUCCCGCAGACCGAGAAGCAGCAGAAGUUCCCCGAUGACGUGGACUCUGUGUCUCCUGAUGAUGAGCCUUCACGGCGCGGCGGCAGUGACUCACUCUCUGAAGUACUUCUACACUGCGUCCUCUGGAGUCCCAAACUUCCCAGAGUUUGUGUCUGUUGGGCUGGUUGAUGAACUUCCAAUAAGUCACUAUGACAGUAAGACCAGGAGAGCAGAACCCAAACAGGACUGGAUGAGGAGAGUCACAGAACAGGAUCCUCAGUACUGGAAGAGAGAGACUGAGAUCUCUUUGAACAUCCAGCAUGUCUACAAAGUCAACAUUGAAACUCUAAAGCAGCGCUUCAAUGAAACUGGAGGUGUCCACAUUUUCCAGAGGAUGUCCGGCUGUGAAUGGGACGAUGAGACUGGUGAGGUCAAAGGUUAUCAACAGUAUGGUUUUGAUGGAGAAGACUUCCUGUCUUAUGACCAUGAGACAGAGUCCUACAUCGCUCCCAGACAACAGGCUGUCAUCACCCAACAGAGGUGGAAUAACAACAAAGCUCUGAUGGAAAACAUAAAGCACUACUACACUGAGGAGUGUCCUGAGUACCUGAAGAAGUAUGUGAACUAUGGGAGGAGCUCUCUGAUGAGAACAGAGCUUCCCUCAGUGUCUCUCCUCCAGAAGACUCCCUCCUCUCCAGUCUGCUGCCACGCUACAGGCUUCUACCCGACCACAGCCACACUGUUCUGGAGGAAAGAUGGAGAGGAGCUGCACGAGGACGUGGACCCAGGAGAGAUCCUCCCCAACCACGACGGAUCCUUCCAGAUGAGCGUGGACCUGAAGCUCUCAUCAGUCCCAGCUGAAGACUGGAGGAGGUACGAGUGUGUGUUUCAGCUGUCUGGUGUGAAGGACAUCAUCGUCACCCCACUGGAAGAAGCUGUGAUCAGGACCAACAGAGAGAAGUCUUCUGACACCACCAUCAUCACCAUCAUCCUCAUCGUCCUCGCUGUGGGGGCUCUUCUGGCUGUCGCUGUGGGGGGAGUGGCUUACAAAAAGAGGACAGCCCAAUGCCCUCCGAGUCCUGACAACAGCUCCGAGCUCUCUGAGAAACUGAACCCUGAGACUCAGUGAGGACCUCGGUGACCUGCACACGGUGAGUUGCUUCUGUGAUGGUUUCUGUGGUUUGAGGAGCGUUUGUGAUGGUUCCUGUGGAUUAUUAAUAAGAGAAAGACCAGAAGGUUUCAGGAACCUUCACAUCAGCAGCUCAGAUGAAGUCUCGUUUUCAGAACUCAAAUAUUCAGCUGUAGAAACUCAGUGAAUUUAAAUAAGCAGUUAUUACUUAAAAGGCAUAAUGUGCUCACAUGACUGCAUUUUGCAUAUUUGAGGUCUAAAUGAUGAUGUAAAUAUGCGGCUUUAGUUUUUUUAUUUACACAUUU